AUGGGCCCUCGGGACCCCUCGGGACCCCUAGGCGGCACACAGGACCCCGUGAUCCCUCAAGGAUCCCGCGACCCCCCGGCAGAGUGUUCCCGCGCGCGGGCACGCGCCACGCUGCUGCGGCGCGUGCCCGCGCUGCGCUGGGUGCCGCGGUACCGCGCGCGCGCGCUGCUCCCGGGUGACGUCAUCUCGGGCAUCAGCACGGGGGUCAUGGCCGUGCCGCAGGGAAUGGCGUACGCGCUGCUGGCCGCGCUGCCGCCCGUGCUGGGCCUCUACUCCUCCUUCUACCCUCCACUCGUCUACUUCUUCUUCGGCACCUCCAGGCACAUCUCGGUCGGCCCGUUCGCCGUGGUCAGCAUGAUGGCCGGGGAGGUGACGGAGCGCCUCGCGCCCGACCACAUGUUCACGGCGCCCAACUCCUCAGCCGUGCACGCCGACCCCGGGUCCAACGCCACGGCCGGGAGCCUGGUGGGGCUGGGGCUGCUCCGCUUCGGGGUCGUGGCCACCUACCUCUCGGAGCCGCUCGUGCGCGGGUUCAGCACCGCCGCUUCGGUCACGGUGCUCGUGUCGCAGCUCAAACACCUGCUGGGACUCGCCCUGCCGCGGCGACACGACCAGGUGCUCGGCACCCUGCACACGGCGCGUGACGUGUGCCGGGGCGUGCUGCAGGUGAACGUGGUCACGGCCCUGGUGAGCCUCCUCUCGCUCUGCUCCAUGCUGCUCCUCAAGCGCGUGGUCCACUCCGUGCCGCGCCUGCGCCGAGUGCCCGUGCCCGCCGAGCUGCUGCUGGUAGUGCUGGGCACGGUUCUCUCCGAGCAGCUGCAGCUGAGCCCGGAUCACAGCGUGGACGUCGUGGGGCUCAUCCCUUCCGGGCUGGCCGCCCCGGAGUGGCCGUCGCUCGCUCUAUCCGUGGGCCUCGUGGGGGAUGCGCUGGCGCUCGCCGUGGUGGGCUACACGGUGGCCGUGUCCCUAGGGAAGAUGUUCGCGCAGAAGCACGGCUACACAGUGGACGGCACCCAGGAGCUGCUGGCCCUGGGUCUGAGUAACGUCCUCGGCGCCUUCUUCGGCGCUUUCCCCAUUGCCUGCUCCAUGUCCAGAAGCCUCCUGCAGGAGAACAGCGGAGGCCACACGCAGGUGGCAGGUCUGGUGGCCGGCCUGGUGGUGCUGGUGAGCACCCUGUCCAUGGGGCGUCUCCUGGAGCCUUUACCCAGGGCCACGCUGGCCGCGAUCAUCGUGGUGAACCUCAGGGGGAUGUUCUGCCAGUUCGGGGAUCUCCCCGUGCUGUGGAGAACCAGCCGCGCCGACUUUGCCAUCUGGCUGGUGUCCUUCGUGGCCGUGGUUCUGUUGGGGCUGGACCUGGGCCUUGCCGCCUCCGUGGCCUUCUCCCUCCUCACGGUCAUUGUGCGCACGCAGAGGCCGCGCUACUCACUGCUGGGAAAGCUGCCGGACUGCGAGACGUACUGUGACAUUGAGAAGAACUGCGUGGCUCGGGAGUUGCCUGGCGUGAAGAUCUUCCGGGCGAACGCCGCCCUCUACUUCGCCAACGUCGAGCUGUACGUGCGUGCCCUCGUCAAGAAGACGGGGCUCCUGGAGCAGGCUCGGGCUCCAGACAGGAGGUGCUCCAGGCAAAGAGCUCACGGGGCUCCAGGGAACAACAAGGUGGCACCAGCCACGGGAGACGGGGCCCAGAUGACGGCGCCCGGUGCCGAGCCGGGGCUGGCGGUGGAGCCGGCGGGGAGGGCGUGCGCGCUGGGGCUGCCGGGGCUGAUGGCGCCGGACACCGAGGACCACGCGGCUCCCCGGCCCGACACCCACUCGCUCAUUCUGGACUUCUCUCCGGUCAACCUGGUGGACACCGUUGCCGUGAAGACCCUCAAGACGGCCAUGGCGGGGCUGGGCGCGAUGGGCCUGGAGGUGUGCAUCGCCGCCUGUCAGGACUGCGUCCUGGAGCAGCUCCACUCCUGUGGGUUCUUCACGCCCGGCGUCACGGAGACGGGCACAGCAACGGACCCGGGAGGCGCCAGGCUGUUCCCCAGCGUGCACGCGGCUGCCGUCCACUGCCUGCAGCGGGGCCGAAGCGGGGUACGCACGGACAACGCCGCACCGCAACCACGCCGAGCACGGACGCCGUCUCCACGCCGGUGCCCGAAGUGGCGCGGUUUGGAGCCGGGGCACGCGGCUCCGCCGAGGCUCUCCACCGACUAACGGGCGCCGUUGCCGAGCUCUGGCCCCGCGGGCUCCCGUCGCGGUCGGUAGAAACGCUCGCGCCAUCGCUUGGCUGCCCACGGGCGUGGGGGACUGCUCCCCACACCGUCAGCCAUGCCAGGGAUUCUAUCGCCAACUUGCUUCUUUUUCCCACGCACCUAAUUGCAGACUUUCACCCGCUCACUUUGACCAACCCACCUACCGGUAACCCACCCACCCGCUCACCCACAAAUCCGUUCACUUCCAACCACUGCCUUGCACGAGCCCACCCACCUCUGCUCGCUUCCACCCAACGACUCAUCCACCCGCCGAGCCGCUCACUCACUCAACUCCUCACCCACCCGUGCUUUCCCAUUCACCGACUCUUUCACCUCGACCGCCCACGCUUUUCCCCUUGGUCCCCUGCCCACAGGUGCACACAGAGCUGGGGUGAGCCGCGGGUGGCGCGGAGGAGCGCGAGAUCCACCCGACCAGCCGCGAGGAGCUGCUGCAUCCUUGCUCGCCAACCCGCCCGGCGCCCCGUUAGCAUAGACUUAGAAAUAAUAAAGGACUGCUUUAAAAAAACAAAAAAACCUAUGAUGGUCGGUCGAAUCACAUUUUUUUUUUGUCUCCCUCGAGCAAGAGCACAUCACACAUGGGUUCGGCGAGCUGCGGUCGUUUUUAUUCGGAUGCUCCAGUGACAAAACUUACGGCACUCACUUGGGCCCAGACCCCCACCGCCCGCCCGUGUCCCCCCCCACACACCGCCGCUCCCCUCUGUGCUUUACGCCGGGGCAUCUUAAGGGCAGCGAACACGCUCUCCACCGCUGGGAGGUCGCGCCGCUGCCCCAGUGAACGAACGGCGAGAAUACAAUCUGAGAAUACAUUCUGAGAAUAGAAUCUGUGGGGGGGGGGGAGGCGGGGGCAUCACGAUUAGGGUUCAAGGAGGGCUGUGCGCCGAGAGGGUGUUAUUGCUUUUAUUGACGCCGUCUUUCCAUCAGGCUCGUUAGACCGCCCCCACUGAGCUGUCAAUAAAAACCCUAGCGGCGUGACCACCGCCCCCUCCCCCGGGUGCACAUCAGCAUGCGCUCGGCCCUGCCAGGCGAGGAGGAAGAGGAGGCACAUACAAAAAUAAGCCGGGGAUGGAAAUGGUUCUCAAAAGCGUGGCUGGUUAACGGCUCAUGAAUGAAUAUGCAUCGUCACUGACAUCAUCC